GCCCCCCGCGGGAUCCAGGUGCCGACAUCCCGGGCCCGAGGAAGAAGCGGGGCCUGACCUGACCCGGCCUUUCCGCAGCGCCCCGAGGGCCGGCCGGCGGGAGGACGGGGCUUCUCGCUGUGACGUGCCGAGAGGUCCAGAUGGAGGAGCGGGGAGACGGGAGCUCCGAAUCUUCGGAACCGGGAGGAUUGGGGAUCAUGGAGGCAGAUUGGGCCGAGGUGCCCGAGAAGAGAGCUAUGUCUUUCCAGGAUUCUUUCUAUUCCCAAGAGAAGAGCACAGAAAAGGGAGAAGUGGCAGCUCUCCGCCUCACAGCCAGAUCCCAGGCGUCUGUGACAUUCAAGGAUGUGGCCAUGGACCUUACCCCCGAGGAGUGGGGGAAGCUGGAUCCUGCACAGAGGGACGUGAUGCUGGAGAACUAUAGGAACCUGGUCUCGCUCUGCAUGAACACUUGUGUUUUCCAGUGCAUAGAAACUCCUUACCAGGCCCAGAUUCCUGCAGAUGUUUUAAGCUUCAUGUGGAGGUCCAUCUUCCCUCACUCCAGAUCUUCCUGGCUUCCAGUUUCCAAGCCUGAGAACUACAAUUUGGAGAAUGGAAAGGAAACAUUGAUUCUUGAGAGAAAAGUCCCCAGAAGCAGCUAUUCAGACUCAGAGUGUAGACCUGAGAGCAAGGAUUCAACUUCAGUGCAAGAUUUUUCCAAAGAAGCAUCAUGCCAGGUUGCAAUAAUAGACAGACUGACAGGAAAUAGUGUCUAUGAUACCAACUUGAAAACAACUCUUGAAUGUGAAAAUUUGUUAGAGAACCAGCAAGGAAAUCAGGGGAGACACUUAAGAGAAAUGUUCACCUACAUUAAUUCACUCCCUGAAGAAAGAGCUCAUGAUCAUGAUGUAUAUUGGAAAAACUUUAGUCAGAAGUCUGUCCUUCUCACUCAAGACAGAGUUUCAAAAGGAUCCUAUGCCUUUCAUACACUUGAAAAGAGAUUGAAACAGAAAUCAAGUUUAAGGAAAAAGAGAACCUAUAAAGAGAAAAAACCUCAUAAAUGUAAUGAUUGUGGUGAACUGUUCACUUACCAUUCAGUGCUUAUUCGACACCAGAGAGUCCAUACUGGAGAGAAACCCUAUAGCUGCAAUGAAUGUGGGAAAUCUUUUAGCCACAGAGCUAAUUUAACUAAACAUCAGAGAACUCAUACUAGAAUUCUCUUUGAGUGCAGUGAAUGCAAGAAAGCCUUUACAGAAAGCUCGUCCCUUGCAAUACAUCAGAGAAUUCACAUUGGAGAGAGACCUUAUGAAUGUAGUGAAUGUGGGAAAGGAUUUAAUCGAAGUACACAUCUUGUACAGCAUCAGUUGAUCCAUACUGGAGUGAAGCCUUACGAAUGUAAUGAAUGUGAUAAAGCUUUUAUUCAUUCCUCAGCACUCAUCAAACAUCAAAGAACUCAUACUGGAGAGAAACCCUAUAAAUGUCAGGAAUGUGGGAAAGCUUUUAGCCAUUGCUCAUCCCUGACUAAACAUCAGAGAGUUCAUACUGGAGAAAAGCCAUAUGAAUGUAGUGAAUGUGGAAAAACCUUUAGUCAGAGCACACAUCUUGUUCAACAUCAAAGAAUUCACACUGGAGAGAAACCCUAUGAGUGUAACGAAUGUGGGAAAACCUUCAGCCGGAGUUCAAAUUUUGCUAAACAUCAAAGAAUUCAUAUUGGAAAGAAACCAUACAAAUGUAAUGAUUGUGGUAAAGCCUUUAUUCAUUCAUCAGCUCUUAUUCAACACCAGAGAACUCAUACUGGAGAGAAACCCUAUAGAUGUAAUGAAUGUGGGAAAAGCUUUAAGUGCAGUUCAUCCCUCAUCAGACAUCAAAGAAUCCAUACACAAGAGCAACCAUGAAAAAUUAUUAAAUGUGAAGAAAUGUAAGUUGGUUUUAUCACUGUGUUCAAGAGUGUUCAGGUGGAAGAGCCUUAAAAUGCUGCUUACUGACCAAUUUGUAUACAUCUGAUUUUACUUGCAUAGUACAUACAUAUUUUUGAGCCAUAAACAAAAUGUCCCUUAUAUCCAUUGAUUUAAUAAUUAUGAAAGCUACUAGCCAGAGACUUCAUAUUUUGAGCCCUAAUCCUUCCCUAAUACCUUUUUUAUGGAUAUUCAAGAAAUCCUUAGGAAUGGGUAGCAAUAUAAUCGUUGUAGAAUCCAUUUUCUCCCUCUUUGUAAGGAAGUUCUUAUUUGUUAGGUUAGGCAGAGGGUUCAUAUCCUUAUCAGGAAGAUACAGAGUUGUUCCUCUUUGAAUCCAAAAAUAGAGAUCCAGAUUUAUCGAUAGUGUCAUUUUUCCAGUGUCAUUUCCUUUAUAUUAGCUAUAAAAAGCUAGAGGUUAAGAGUUGAAAUAUGCUUUGUAGUCCUUCCCUACCCCAAAGGCUACUCUCAAAUUUGAUGAACAUAAAAAGAAUUUAUUUACAGCAGGUUCUAAGUUAGAUUCACAUGGAUUCUGCUUAUAGACUUACUGGUAGAUAAUUGUGGUCAUUCUGCUGUGUAGAACUUCAUUUUCUACUUCCUUGGAAGUUGCCCUGAAGUAGAAUAGGUCAAAAUCUUAACUCUAGUUUUUGAUCAAAUCCUUCUUAUCUUUGGCAUUCACUGAAUGAAUCACUGGUUUUCUAUAAUUACAGUAUUAGGGAUAUUUUGUUCUUUACAUUCUGCUUUCUGUAAACUAUGCUUUGUCACUUUGAGAAAAAGCCACAAGGAUGUUGAGGGUCUGAAAAGUUGAUGGGUUCAAUGUGUUAUGUUUAAGAUCCCAGUCAAGAAACAUAACUGAAGCACCUGUGAGACACAAGGACCUAUCUUUCUGUCAGAUAUGGAAAAUCGUCCACAGGACAAUGACUCACUUGAGGAUAAACAGCUUUCCUCUAUGAAGAAGUUGGCCAUUUCUCUGACCUGCAUGUUUACCCACAUGGUUUGUUCCUAUUCUCUCUACAUGAUGUAUCCCAGAAUCCUAAGGAAAUUGAAAUUGCAUAAAAUCACAUGAUAUAUUGACGUACUUACAUGGGUGACCAAAGACCACUAAUGGGAUAAGGAACACAAAAGCGCUCAAAUAUCUAGCAAAACACUAUACAAAUGUCAGGUUUUUUUGUUACUCUGUUACAUAUUGUGUGAAAAGAAGAUUUUAAAGUAGAGGGAAAAGUAGUUACAGAUUUCUUCUUCCCUUCUAAAUUCUUUUAUGAACAUUCAGCACCACCAGUCCAUGUUUUGCCCCCUCCAAAUUAUCCCUGUGACAUGUAAUUGCCUCUCUGUAGACUUCUAUUAUUGAAGAAGAAUAGGAGAAUAAAAUUUUAAAAAGUG